AAAGGCUGAGCUGUCAAAGAACAGUUGUUUACUAGUUACUAAAAAUUAUGUGAACGUACCAGCUUUUGUUACAUAUAUUUCUUUACAAUUUGAGCAAAUUUUGAGCAAAUACUAGCAAAUUUUGCAAUCCAAAAAUUGACUGGAAUUCAAAACAUUAGCAAUUCGUACAUUUUGAUCAGUUAAAAUUAAAACUUCAUUGUUGUGCAUUAGCAUAUGAUAUAUUUUCGAGAAAAUGAAAAAGACCAUGCCACACUGCACUGUAACUUAAUAAAUACCUUCAGUGUAAAAUAAUUUCAUACUAGCGUUUGUGUAAAGUACACAUUCCUCAGUCAAUUCAAAAACUCCUCGUUCCAAUCUUGCAGUAACUGUGUGUAAUGAAUGAUUUAAAUAAUAAAAUAAUCCUUACAACAGUAAAAGAUGAGUGUAUAGAUGGGUCAGGCGCAGUCACAACGGCAAGAUGACUACGCGAUUGAGGGAAGCUCUAAUGAGCCGGUUAUCAUAAGAGAGGUAAAACAAGCAGAGAGACCGCGAGACCAGGUUCCCGUGAUACCAGUGCUGUUUAAAUGGCAGGAGUCAGUGAUGGAUCACUACAGUGGAGUGUGUCUGAGUGGCAACUUUAACAAGUGGGGACGACUUCCUAUGAAGUUCUGUGAUAACGAGUACAUUGAAUCUGUUGAUUUGACGCCGGGAACGUACGAAUUCAAGUUUUUCGUUGACGGCGAGUGGAAACAUGAUCCAAAGUUGAACAACAUUCCGAACAAAUUAGAACCAGGUGGUUUCAAUAACGUUAUAAUGGUAACUAAAGAUGAUAGCUCGCUCUGUAUAUCCUGUACGGAAGGAGUUGAGGGAGGUGCUGCCAGGACCUUCAACUACAAGGAUUUAGGAGAGGAAGAUCAGAAGUAUUCUGACGAUGGCUUCACAUCGGAGGUGCCGGACAUGGGCAUGUACAAUAACGCCGGCCCUCCUCCCCAGCUUCCUGUACAAUUGAGCAGAGGUAUCCUCAAUUCAGAGACCGACCAGAGCAAAGACCCCACCUUGCUACCAGAACCCCAGCACGUCUUAUUGAAUCACCUAUACGCCCUGACCGUGAGAGAUGGAGUAAUGGUGCUCGGAGCUACACACCGGUACAAAAGGAAAUACGUCACCACCAUGCUGUAUAAACCUAUUUUAAAGAACGAGUAUUGAUGUUAUUAAAAGUGGACUGAAUGCUGACUACAAGAACAGAAAGUAACUGAUAUGUGAACUGGGGGUAAUAUGCUCAAAUAGAGCCGAAUAAACGAUUGAGCCUCUUUAAAGAAUGGUAUUCCCCUUUAAAAAAACAAACAGUUUUUAAGAAUUAUUUUCGCACUAUGAACUGUCGAGGUUCCUAUUUGUAACCGAGUUGAUCAGACAGAAUUCCUGGAUCUGGACGAUCUCAAACUGGUAUUCUAGCGGACUAUUUAGCUAACAGACUUUAUAGCUAGAUUUAGCCAUAUUGUCCGUUAGCUAUAACUUUCACCCACCGUGACUGGCAGUUAAAUUAUUUGAGGCACCCUGAACAGCAUAUAAUUGAUGUAUCUGGCAGUGGAAUUACUGAUUAUUGUAUUAAUUGUAUUACAAAGAUUAACGUCGAACAUAUGGGAAUUGUUUUGAAUUUUAUGAUUUCAUCAAA